AUGAACCGGUCAUUUUCUCCAAACCUGGUUAGACCUAACCAGCCUCUGAGGAAACCUUCCUCCAGCCCCGUUGCUCCUUUCACCGUAUCACCGCCGAGACACCUCAACUUAUCGGGAGGAACACCUGUACGCCCCUUGCUGGGAUCUGUGCUACCAGCACUCACUGUGUACUUCUGCAACUACUGUGGUCAGCAAGGGAAUUUUCGGUGCAAGCGCUGCAAGAAGGUGCCUUACUGCUCUGUGGUGUGUCAGACAGAGGACUGGAAGGCACAUAGACACGUGUGCAAGUCCGUUGAGCCGCAAGUUACAAACGAGAAACCAAAAGAAAUCACAGCUUCACCAAUUUCCGGAGACAGAGCUAGCCUGGUGGAGUUGAAGCAUGAUGAUCCAUCCAGCCUUCAGAGGGUCUAUUUGAAGGACUUGCAUACUAACAAAAUUAAUAAAGGAGGAGACUUCCAGGCAUGUGUUGUAGAGUUCUACAGCCCAGGAAGAUUUUUCCUCAUUCCUCAAAGCCCUGAAUUGCAGGAAGCUCUACAAAGCAUCGCAAAAGAGCUUCAGAAAGUCAAUAGCAGCCCCUCAGUGACGACAUAUGUACCCUGUGUUGGAGAGGUUUGCGCGGUUCAGUUUUCCUGUGAUCUGAACUGGUACCGUGGCCUUGUACAGACUUUGACUGAAGACCAGAAGAUGGCAAAUAUCCUUUACAUUGACUUUGGCAAUGAAGAGAAUGUCCCAGUGUACAGGAUUAGACCCUUGCCUGCCAAUAUUCAACCAUUUUGUCCAUGUGCAAUGGAGUGCCGUAUUGCUGGGGUGGUGCCAGUGGUUAGCAAAUGGUCAGGCGAGAGCUGUACUGCAACGAGUCAGCUGAUUGUUGGCAGAGCAAUGACUGCUAGGCUGGUGGAUACACAAGAAGAUGGUCGCAUACAUGCUGUGGAUAUCCUUCUUUCCAUGGGAAAGCAGCUCAGCACAUUCCUCCUUGAGCAUGGCUAUGCACAAGAAGAAAUGGUCAACAUAGCACCAACUGAGCAAGAUAUAAAUGGCCUAGUGAAUGCAUCCUUGGCAAACUUCCAGUGUCUCUCUUUUGGAAAAGAUGACAAUGCCUGGGCUGAACCACCGGAGCCGCUGACACAGGCAGUGGGCGACAAAGUAUCUGUCGUCAUCACCCAUUUCCAGUCACCUGAUGAGUUUAUUGUGCAGAAGGUUGAGAAUGCUGGAGUGAUUCAGGAUCUGCAGUUAAAGCUGAGGGAGCACUGCUCUCAGGUUGCAGCCCCGCAUAACUUCAGGCCAGCUCCUGGUACUGUUUGUUGUGCCCAGUUCUCAGAGGACAAGCAGUGGUACAGAGCCAAAGUUAUGGCUUAUUCAUCAGAGACACGUGUUUGUGUCGGCUACCUUGACUUUGGCAACUCUGAGGAGGUGGAUUUAGGCCAUCUGCGACGUAUUAGCACUUCACUAUUGGCCCUUCCAAUGCAGGCGAUGCCAUGUGGUCUAGCAGGGGUGCAGCCUGUUGGGGAGAGGUGGUCAGAGGACUGCCUUGUGGCAUUGCAAAGAAGGGUAUCAAACCGAAUCCUGCACAUUGAGAUCCAGGGAGCGCACGAGGGCAAAGCCUUGGUAGCUCUGAUUGACGAGGCCAGUGAUCCUCAGGCCAAUGUAGCCGAGCUGCUAAUCUCUGCAGGUUAUGCUGCUCCUGCUCCUAAUCCUACUCCCCCUACUCCUCCUACCAGCAGUGACCACCAGACUGAGGAGACAACUGCUUCUGCAGAACAAAAUGUGUGUCCCCCGGUGGCUGAGCCUUUGGUUUGGUCUACUACUGAGCUUCCCUGUGAUGGCCAGACAGUGGCGCUACUAGCCAGUUUUGUGGAGAGCCCGGGAGACUUUUACUGCCGAAUAGACAAUCCUACAGACCAUCAGCAGCUGAUAAACCUGGAGGCUGAGUUAAAGCAGCAUUGUGAGGCUGAUACUUCGCCUUUUGUGCCUAAUGUGGGACAGCCCUGUUGCACCGUGUUUCUUGGUGAUGGAGCGUGGUAUCGGGCUAUGGUAAAGGAACUGUGUGAAGACAAGGUGGCUGUGAACUUUGUGGACUAUGGCUACAGCAUGAAAGUUGAAAAGAGCAACCUUCGGUCCAUCACACCCCAGCUCCUGACACUACCCUUCCAGGCAGUUCACUGCUGGCUUACAGGUGUGGAGCCCCAAGGAUCAGAGUGGAGCAGUGAAGCCCUGCUGUGGUUCCAGACUCAGGUGGAGGCCAAGCAGCUCUCUGCACGUGUCCUUUCUGUCACUGAGCAGGGCUAUGGUGUGGAGCUGGAGAGCAGAGGGCAGAACGUGGCAGCUGUCCUAAUUUCUGAGCAUCUAGCCAAAGUUCCUGGAGAGGCUGCCAAAGAGACUCAAACAGAGACACUCUCUGGAAACAAACAACAAGAGAGUGUGAAGAAAAAUGAGCACCACCAAUUACAGACAAAAGCCACUUCCAAAGAGAUAACUGAACAGCAGACUGCAGUGCCAGCAGAAGUUCCGUCUUUUCCAGUGGACUGGAAGACAGUGGAGCUGCCUCUCAACGAGCCCUUUCAGCCUUACGUUGCUGCUGUCAUUAGUCCUUCCCUCUUUUACCUAAUCGGUCCCACACAGGUAGACCAGCAGAAGCUUCAGCAGGUGAUGAUGGAGCUGCUUGCCUAUUGCAGCAACAACCAUGCCACUCUAUCCUCAGUUAUAAAGAGCAGACCAGCUCCAGGGGCUGCCUGUUGCGCCCAAUUCUCUGGAGACAAUAACUGGUAUCGUGCAGUGGUCCUGGAAGUCGGUGAAAAUGAGAUGAAUGUCAUCUAUGCAGACUACGGUAACAGUGAGAAGGUGCCAUUCUCCCGAAUCUUGCCAAUCCCCAUGCACCUGCUGCAGCUCCCCUUUCAGAUCACUCGCUGCACCCUCACUGGUAAGGAGCGCUUUCCAGCUGAGUUGCCAAAGGAAAUACAGCAGAUGUUUCAAAUCACACUGCUGGGCGAUGUGAUUGCCACGGUUCACUCCUUCGAUGGUUCUGCCAACGUGCUCCAUGUUACACCUACUGUGACGGGUGGGGAACUCAGCGCCAUAAUCUUAAAUGCAUUAGAUUCUCACACCAAGAGCAACCUCUGUCCAGCUGCCUCCCAGAAGGCCGACAAAACUGACAGCAGUACAUCUGUCAGCACCGCAGCUACACCCGACUGCCCUGAGCCCAAAGAAGCACUUGAAAUGCAGAAAGGGCAGGAAAGUAGUACUGGGCCAGUUAGUACCACUGGACCCAGUCAGACCUCAGAGCCAACAGACCCGAACCUUCAACAGAAAAAUACUUCAGCAGUGCCAGUCAAUGAUCCUCAGACCUCUGGCUGUUGCUGUCUGAGCCUGAAGACGAAGAUUGAUCAUCUGGAACAGCUGAUGGAAAUGCAGCUUUCUCUAAUCAAACAGCUUGUUGGACAGAUGAAAUGACUUCCAGUAUGUAACUUGAUCAUGUUGUUUGCCAUCUUGUUAAAUUCAGAGUUGUUUUUUCUGAACCAUUUCUCUAAAACUGGUUAAUUCUGAUUGUGGUCUCCAGAAACGGCCAUCCAGGUUAUAAUUAAUGUUUUCUCCUUAUUUAAGAUGAUUAUAUCCAACUUUUAAUUUUGUGUCCCUUUGGAACACUUCUUUCAUAACUUUUAUGUUUUUAACCUGUGGUUAAAUUCCAGUCACUUUUAGUUUUUAAUAUUUCUGGAGUUUUUCUGAAAAGGGAAAAAAAAAUAACACUAAAUACACUUUGGCCUACACUUUCUGUUUAAGUGAGCACAAAUGUUCAGCCUCAAUUAUAAAAAGUGUGUAUGUGUGUCCUGUAAGUGUUCCAUCUUUCAGUCCUCAUCACCUGUUCAAGUAGAAUGUCCAGUU